AUGGAUAAAAAUCCAAAUUACAUCAAAUUCAUGAAGGAAGUUCUUUCCAAGAAGAUAAGGCUCGGAGAAUUUGAUAUUGUUGCACUUGCCGAGGGAUGUAGUGCUACAACCACAAGCCAAAUACCAAUUAAACUUAAAGAUCCAGGGAGUUUUACUCAUCCUUGCAUUAUUAGUGAUAAAUUUGUAGGAAAAGCUUCAUGUGAUUUGGAUGUUAUCAUUAAUCUAAUGACAUUGUCAAAUUUUAGGAAAUUUGGAAGUGGAGAAACAAGAUCUAGCACUGUCAGUUUGCAACUUGAUGAUAAAUCAACCAUACAUCCUAGUGGCAUUAUAGAAAAUAUGUUGGUUUAA